AUGUCCAACUUCAAUUCGCAAGUCUCUACCCAAGCCCCGUUGCCGCCAUUCUUCUUCACCGACCACCAUCACGCAUACAUGACCGCCUCCCUCCCGCCCCCGUCCCCGACGACCAACUCCCCGCCCUCCGACUCCCAGAGCCCCCAGUCCCCUAAAUCGGACUCGCCGGAGUCGUCGAACAGCGUUACGCAGUCCACGGAGCCUCAGCCAGCACACAAAUGCCUCUGGAUGGAAUGCACGCAGUCCUUCUCUGAUCCCGAAGCUCUUUACAAUCAUCUGUGCAACGACCACAUUGGUCGCAAGAGUACAAACAACCUCUGCCUCACUUGCAAGUGGAAGGAUUGCGGCACAACCUGCGCUAAGCGUGAUCACAUCACCAGCCAUCUCAGAGUACACACACCACUAAAGCCGCAUGUUUGCGAGAUAUGCAAAAAGUCGUUCAAGCGGCCCCAGGAUUUGAAGAAGCACGAGAAGAUACACACAGAGGAACACCAUGCGCAGCACAAGCACUCCAAGGCAAUCACUGUCGUCGACCCUGUCUACGUCCAGCGUGUAAGGGGAGACUCUAUCAAGAAUGAUUCUCGAUCGAAGCUUUCUACUAUGCCUCGAGUCCCUGUUGCUCGCGCCAAGUCUCAAUCCUCAUCCGCGUCCGACGGUUCUCAUUUCGGUAUUUUGCCCUCACCUUCUCCAGAACUCGCACAUCACCAUUCUCCAACGCAUGAUGCCUUUCUGCACCAUCAGGUCCCAGCUUGGGAAGUUCUACGUCCGGACGCAGGCUCCGUGCCUACUGGCUCAAAACGUUCUCAUGACUACGCAGUCGACGACUUCUUUACUGACAUGAAGAAGCGUCGUGUUAUGCCAUCGUACGACUCCCAGAUGGCUGAACGACUAAAUAACCUUGCCUACGCGCAGCAUGUGGCUAAUGCCCAUCGCCAACAAUUUAAUCCUCGUUCUGUUUCUCUCGAUAUUCGCACUCCAGAAGAACUCGCAGCUGUCAAUGAAUUCCUCCUUACACUCGGACGUGACGUAGCUUCGGGCUCCCGUUACCAUUCCUCCUCCUCUCCAACUACUUCUACCGGCUUCUCAGACUCAUACUUUGAUGCUUCGACCCUAGGACAGCUCGGCUUAACCGGCAUGCCAGGUCUGCCGGGGUCGGAGUCGUCGUUCCCGAGCGACAAUGGCUACACAGGACCUGCUAGCCAUGGCUUCGGAUCCAACUCUUAUCAUCCCCCAACAUCACGUUCCUCUCACCCAUCAGUUCAGCCCAGCCCAUAUGUGUAUCCCGCGAUGCAUGAUCCUUCUUCGCUCACGUAUUCACCCGCAAACGAUUAUCCGUCAAGUGCUCGGCGUAUCUCGUCUAAAUUUGGCCCACCAAGUUCUUCAUUUUCCGGGCAGAACUACCAUCACCCUACUCCUCCAUUGGAGUCGGGAUCUCCUCACUCUGCGGUCUCUACCCCUGUCAACUCGACCCCUCCUCAGAUCCCGAUGACAGUGCCGGACAAUGCGGCGGCAUUCGACUACAUGCGUGUCUCAAGAGGUGCUGCUCCUGUCGCACAUUUGGCGCCAGUGGACUACAUGGGCAAAUCCAUGCGCACCAUCGUGCCUCUCAAAUCUGUACCGUCGUCUCGAGCAGAACCUGUCGAAUCCAAAUUGCCGAAGUCACCUCACCCUGGCCCACCUGCCAAACUCACGCCAGCGUUUGCGUCUUCGUCAUCAUCGAAAUCCGGCUCGUUAUAUCCGCUCCUUACGUCCGGUGAUGCUGAGUUUAAGCUGCCACCGCUCAAGUAUCGUUCGCCGUCGCCUGAGUCUAACGUGUCCACGCCAUCGACCACGCACUCGCCAUCUCCACCGCCGCAGCCAACCACACUUCCUGGGAUACGUUCCAUUGCAUCUCCGACCCUUUCCGCGCGGCGAUCGCCAGAACAGUCGGAAGAACUCGCUCGGAAAAUUGGACGAAUAGAACUUGAGAGUAGAACUCGUGAAAUCCCAUUGGACGAACGCAAGAGCCACGCAGAGCUGAUCCGAAAUCUGCUCGUCGCUAUCAACACUGAUUUCAAGGAACGUUAUGAGUCGCUGAACAUCCAUUCCCGACCUUCCCAUGCUCAUCAUCAUAUUAAGGACGUGGAAAUGGCUACUGCGUAG